AAGUAGAGGCAAAAAAACCGAGUGAAGAUGGCGGCGGGCGUGUUGGGGAGUUGGCACUGACUCACGUCCAUUCAAAGACAGACUUUGGCAAAGCUGGCCUUCCUCCUCCCCAUGUGAAUCUUUACAACCUUUGUUAUUUAGCUUUGGUUUCACACGCUCCCGUUUUCCUUCCCACCCCCACCUUUCUCCCCCCCCCUUCUUUUCCAACCCCACCCCCUCUGUCUAAUCGCAUGGUAAGGUGAUGGCACUGUUUGAGUUGCUCUGGAGGGUACUGCACGCAAUGCUGUGCCUGCACCGGACGCUGUCGGCCUGGCUGCGCCAUGGAAUGUGGGCCUGGAGGCGCUGGAACCCCGCGAGCCUGGCGUUCCGGUUCCAGAACGCCAAGAACAAAGGCAAGAGCCGGCGCGCGCGCUGGCGCUCGGACGGCCGCCGCCUGAAGAAGCUGCCGCUGCACUUGGGGCUGGUGGUGACCGAGGACGAGAGCAGCUACACGGACAUCGCCAACCUGGUGGUGUGGUGCAUGGCUGUUGGCAUUUCCUAUGUCAGCGUCUAUGACAACCAAGGUAUUUUCAAGAGAAAUAAUUCCAGAUUAAUGGAGGAAAUCUUAAAACAACAGCAAGAAUUGUUAGGUCUAGAUUCUUCAAAAUAUUCUACUGAAUUUUUAAAUAGUAACAAGAAAAUUGAACAAGUUCUAUCUUGUCCGACUACAGUGAAAGUGCUUUCACCCGAUGAUGGAAAAGCUGAUAUAGUGAAAGCUGCUAAAACGUACUGUCAGUUAGUUGCUCAGCAGCAAAGGAGGUCCACUGAUCUGAAUGUGAAUAUUAUGGACAGUUUUCUCAGAGAAAGUGCAUUCGGUUUACCUGACCCAGAUCUAGUUUUAAAAUUUGGUCCUGUGGACAGCACACUUGGCUUUCUGCCGUGGCACAUCAGACUUACUGAGAUUAUAUCAUUGUCUUCACACAUCAACUUAAGUUAUGAAAGAUUUAUUUCUGCCCUCCAGCAAUUUGCAGCCUGUGAACAACGAAUGGGAAAAUGACCACAAGUCAACAUGGAAUCACGUCCAGGUUUCAGUCAAAGGGACCCAGAAUAUCCAAUGUUUACACUUACCUGUGAACCAUUGAAUCCCAAUUCAGUGUCUUUCUUUAUCAACUGAGGAUAAGAAUGUGUCUUCUUUGUUCAAAUCUUAGUUGCGUAAGUGUCUGUGAGGGGUCAGUAUGUUUUUUUAAAGAAACGGUUGAGCUUGACAAUAAUUCAGGCAUUCUGAAAUGGGACUUUUUUUUAUAUACAAAUGAACUGUAUGUUUGAAAGAUUACCAUCAUUGGACUCUUCUUUCUUGGAUGAUAUGGACAAAUAAUUUAUCUGCAAUGCCUUGCACUAAAUGAGUGUUCAAUAAAUAUGUAAAGAUGAUCCUAUUCCAUUUUAAGGUCCUAUUUUAUUGCAACGCCUAGAAUUUCAAUGAGUUUUAAUUAGCCUUAAACUAAAGAGUACAGCAGGGAUGUUUGAUCACAUACUGCUCAAGAUUUAAAAACAGCUAUUUUUUUUCCCCCAAAGCUUUAAAGAUAUGAAUAUGGAACUUAAGUAAUGUAAAAUAAGAGACUACAUUAUUCCAUUGUAUUGUUGUGAUGGAUAACCUGGUUUAUACUUGGCUGUCCGUGGUGCAGGUGCACAGUCAUGGGCUGGCUAGCACUCUUGUGAAUGAAUUUGUGGGUCAGUACGUGAUGCUGUGUUAGUCUCCUGAUCAAACCAAACUAAGGCAUGAAUUGCUUUUGUUUGUUGUUGCUGUUUAGUUAUUUUAUCAGACCUUUAUCAGUUUUACCAAGGCAGGUUUGUUAGCAGUAGACUGAUAAAGGGAAUCUGUUUAAAUAACAUAUUUCAUAUAAAAUUGGAAACUGAAGAGAAACACAAAGGAAUAAUAUUUUGGGUUUUAAUUGUACCAUAAACUGCAAGCAAAGUUCAAUAGGUAUACAAUCCAAGCAAGGAAUGUUAAUUGUACUUUUUCAAUUUUAUUUUAUAUAUGAUAUGGCAUAUACAAAAUUAUAACUUUUUUGAUAAAAUUUGAAAAUAUGAAGAUUUAAGUCCUCACUUCUGUUUCCUUAUGGUGGAUGCACUGAAACUCAAACUUCUCCGUUGUAACUUAAGUUGAUGCAUGACACACAACCGUAGAUGGAGUUAUGGUUUUCCAGUGUGAUUUUGCUCUUGUAAGAAUAUUGGGUUAUGAUAUCAAUGUUAAUCUCUUUCAAGCACAAAUAUGGCAUGGAUCACAGUGCCAAAGUUGGGAAGCUAUAUCCUUACAUGUCAUAGCAGCAGGUAUUCCCAUUCAGUAACAUAGUAACCUUUUAUCCCAAGGGAGGAAGAGCAUAGAACUCUAGUGAUGUGUGUCCUUUUGGCUGAUGCAUACCCAUCCUUUACAUUAAUAAAUCUUGCACCAUAGUUGAAAGUUGUCAGUAAUUAUGUAAUUUUUGGGAAGAAAUGGAAGCGCUCUGUUCCUGUUAGUGCCACUAAUUAGAACAGGGACUGAAUAAGAACUGUGAUAGGUCUAUGACAUGUUUUGGCUUGGCUUCUCGAAUUAAAAUAGUCAAAGCAAUUUGUCGUUUUUAAAUGAAUAGCAUUGGCAAAUCACUUGAAGACAAAGGCCCACCAAUGUCAGAUGGAUACCAGUAAGAUAGCAAAUGUAAUUACAACUUGAUUGUAGAUUGUUUUGGAUAUGUAAGGUUUUAUCAUAAGCUGCUCUGGUCAAGCAGUGUUGCUUGUACUGAAAUAUUAGCUGCUUGCAGUUGAAAGACUAGUUCUGAAAUGUUUCAGAUAUAUGGAUGGUUCUCUUUAAUUUGAGAACUUUGCAAAGAUGAUAUGUUACAAAAAAAAAGUAUUAAUCACCCUUGCUUCACAAAUCAACUUCAGUUCUUUUCUGUUUAUUUUCUGAAAUAUAAUUGUCUACUCUGUAUGAUUAAGUUUAUUUUGUUUUUGGAGAUGAAAGAUGGGUAAGGACUAACUUUUCUUUAUCUAAACUAAGGAAACAGUGCCAACUACACUGAAAUCAAAUGAAAAAUUGUGCUGAAUGUAUGAGUGACUGAACACUUGUAUACUGGACACAGCAAUGUUACAGAGACAACCAGUGUCACUUCAUCAAGUUAUAGUCAUAGUUGUAAUCUUUGGGAAUAUGUACACUAUAUGUAAAACCAAUUUUUACAAAUAAAACUUGGAUUUUAUGAAUGGAA